GAGGCCAAAGGAAAAGCUAGCACCAAAUCCCUCUCUCCGCUCUGUUUCUGGAGGUGUUUCUCUUCUUCCUCGCCGCCGUGAUUCUUUCCUCACUCCCCACCCCAGCCCGCUCCGCGCUUGCUCACUACCGAUCCCACGGGGAGGGCCCGGCGGCCAAUCUCCGCCUCCAGCAUCCUCGAGCCUCGCGCCUCGCGCCUCCACCUCCCACUCCCGAGCCGGCAACCGCGGCAGCAGGAGCGGCGAGAGGAGGACAAGGCGAAGGCCCGAGAGGACGCAAUGGAGUACAGAAGAGUGAAGGAUCAGGAGAGUUAUGACGCCAUAUCUCAGAAGGACAUAGAAAGCCCUGAUGGGAGGUCUCUUUCUAGCACUGCAGCAACUUCCCCCCUUGGCACCGCAGGAGGUUCGAAGGGCAAGAAUAGUUGGAAGCAAAAGUCUAUUGUAACAAUUGCGUUGACAUUACUAACAAGUUCCCAGGCAAUACUGAUUGUGUGGUCAAAAAGAGCUGGAAAGUAUGAAUAUAGUGUCACAACAGCAAACUUUUCGGUGGAAGCUUUAAAAUGUCUAUUAUCACUUCUAGCCCUGUACAGAACAUGGAACAGUCAAGGUGUUACAGAAGAUAAUAGGUUAAGUACAUCAUUUGACGAAGUUAGUGUUUAUCCUAUCCCUGCCGCACUUUACAUGGUAAAGAAUCUAUUGCAGUAUUACAUCUUCGCCUAUGUGGAUGCACCAGCUUACCAGAUCCUGAAGAACCUGAAUAUUAUCAGCACUGGUGUCUUAUACCGUAUCAUUUUAAAGAAAAAAUUAAGUGAAAUUCAGUGGGCUGCAUUUAUUCUCUUAUGUGCUGGCUGCACUACGGCUCAGCUAAACCCCUCAUCAGACCAUGUUCUUCAAACGCCAAUUCAAGGUUGGAUGAUGGCCAUUGUGAUGGCUCUUCUAAGUGGUUUUGCUGGGGUAUACACAGAAGCUAUAAUAAAAAAAAGUCCUUCGAGAAACAUCAAUGUGCAGAAUUUCUGGCUGUACAUUUUUGGAAUGCUCUUCAACUUAGUUGCCAUUUGUGUUCAGGACUUUGAUGCUGUCAUGAACAAAGGCUUUUUUCAUGGCUACUCGUUUAUUACACUUCUGAUGAUUCUUAACCAUGCACUCAGUGGCAUUGCUGUAUCAAUGGUGAUGAAGUAUGCUGACAAUAUUGUCAAGGUGUAUUCAACUUCAGUCGCAAUGCUUCUGACAGCAAUCGUAUCUGUCUUCUUGUUCGGCUUCAAUCUGUCCCUUGCAUUCUUCCUUGGGUCUACGGUCGUUUCGAUAUCGGUGUAUCUGCAUUCUGUCGGGAAGCCACAGCAGCAGAAAUGAGUUCCGCCCCCAUCUUUCUUUCCAAGAUUGGCAGCGAGUGCCUCGAUGCCGCGUCACGGAACGGAUUACGGAUAGCACAGGACGGCAGCAUCGGAGGAGAGUAGACUUGGUUCUAGUUCAUGGAACUGUUGUUGAGGCAAGGCGAUGGAUCGCCCGGUGACAUAUUCAGGUUCACCGUCCGUUUGAGCUGCUUCUGUGGUGGCAUCCCUGGUUCACUUUUGCCUGGUGAUCAGGGUGGGUGCCGCUAGUUUCUUAUCUGGGGAGGUCAGCGAGAAUGCGAGAUGCUGGCUGUUUUCUUCAUGCCUUCCUUUUGACCUCUUUAGCCAUACUCGGAUUAUUACUAGCUA